AUUCACUGCUACCCCUGCCCUUAACUAAGCCCUCUCCAUCCUUUAUAACUGAACCUUCCCUCACACCUUCCCCAUCAGUCAUCACACUCUCUCUCUCUCUCUUUCCUUCUCUCUUUUCAACUCAUUGAGGCAUUCAUCAAACACCUUCUCAAAAUGGCCAAAGUUGGAAAACUAACAAAGCUCAAGUCAGCAAUCAAGAGAUGGCCCUCAUUGACCAGGCUCAGCCGCAACAGCAGCAGUGUCUCUUCCAACAAAGGGGUCUCUGGAAAAGGAACAUCCCUUAAUUCAUCCAAGGAACACGAGCAUGAACAAGAACAACUUCGUGCGGUUUAUGUUGGCAAGUCUAGGAGGCGGUACCUCGUGAACUCCGAAGUGAUCGAUCACCCCGUGUUUCAGGAGCUAGUGGACAGGUCUUGCUCUUCUAAUUCUUCUUCUUCUCAUCAUCAUGACGAUGAUGGGGUGGUGGUGGUGUCGUGCGAGGUGGUGCUGUUCGAGCACUUGCUGUGGAUGCUUGAGAGCGAAGAGACCAAGUUGGGGUCCAUGGAUGAGCUGGUCGAGUUCUACUCUUGUGCAUGCUGACAAACACCUAGUAAUAAUAACUGACUUUAAUUGUUUCUUCUCUCAUGUGGUCACGCAAAACCAUUGGUCAUGACUGCUUUGCGAAUUCAGAUUGAUUCAAAUGUUAUAUAUUAUAUAAAAAUAUAUAUAUUGCUGUUAUUAUAUAAAGUGGGCAUGUUGUAGUUGACAUGAAAGUGCUAUUAGUUGUUAUGACAUUGUUUUAGGUGAAUCUAAUGCGACUUCAAAUUAAUCACCUAUUUCAUUUGCA